UCACUUUAUAGUUCUAAAAUUCCUGGGUGGGAAAGCCGUGAAGGUUCCGGGGUGAGAUUGUGUUUUAGACGUCUAAUUCCCAUUAGCACUCGGGUGAAGUGGUUAGAGCUCAAAGGAGAAGGCUGGAUUCAAACAAUUUAACUCAAAUAUCUGAGAACUAUUUCACGCUGUGCAAAACACUCGAGGACUUGUCGGUUCACUGCCGGGAUCGGACUCGUGGCCGCUGACAGCUGCCGGAAGUGAGGCUGCGCGGGAUGGCCGCUGCUGCGACCAUGGCGGCAGCUGCCCGGGAGCUAGCGUUGCGGGCUGGGGCCUCAGAUAUGGAGGAGGAGGAGGGCCCGCUGGGGGGUGGUCCUGGUCUUCAGGAGCCAUUGCAACUUGGAGAGUUGGACAUCACCUGUGAUGGAUUCAUCCUGGAUGAAGUGGAUGUUCACAUUCAGGCAAAUCUGGAGGAUGAGUUAGUAAAGGAAGCUCUUAAAACGGGUGUGGAUCUCCGUCACUAUUCAAAACAGGUUGAGCUGGAACUGCAGCAGAUUGAGCAGAAAUCCAUUCAGGAUUAUAUCCAAGAGAGUGAGAACAUAGCAUCUCUGCACAACCAGAUCACAGCCUGUGAUGCUGUCCUUGAGCGCAUGGAGCAGAUGUUGGGAGCUUUUCAGAGUGACCUCAGCUCCAUCAGCUCUGAGAUCCGGACACUGCAAGAACAGUCCGGAGCCAUGAACAUUCGACUUCGAAACCGCCAAGCAGUUCGGGGGAAACUUGGGGAACUUGUCGAUGGUCUGGUAGUGCCCUCUGCUCUGGUCACGGCAAUUCUGGAGGCACCAGUGACAGAGCCUGGGUUCCUGGAACAGCUUCAGGAGCUGGAUGCCAAGGCAGCUGCAGUCCGAGAACAGGAGGCUAGGGGCACAGCAGCCUGUGCGGAUGUCAGGGGCGUGCUUGACCGACUCCGGGUCAAGGCAGUGACAAAGAUCCGAGAAUUCAUCCUUCAAAAGAUUUAUUCCUUCAGAAAACCAAUGACUAACUAUCAGAUACCCCAGACAGCCUUGCUGAAGUACAGGUUCUUCUAUCAGUUCCUGCUGGGCAAUGAGCGAGCCACGGCAAAGGAGAUCAGGGAUGAGUAUGUGGAGACACUGAGCAAGAUCUACCUGUCUUACUACCGCUCCUAUUUGGGGCGGCUCAUGAAGUUGCAGUAUGAGGAAGUCGCUGAGAAGGAUGAUCUAAUGGGUGUGGAAGAUACAGCAAAGAAAGGAUUCUUCUCAAAGCCUUCCCUCCGCAGCAGGAACACCAUUUUCACCCUGGGUACCCGCGGCUCUGUCAUUUCCCCCACUGAACUGGAGGCCCCCAUCCUUGUGCCCCACACUGCCCAGCGGGGAGAGCAGAGGUAUCCAUUUGAGGCCCUCUUCCGCAGCCAGCACUAUGCCCUCCUAGACAAUUCCUGCCGUGAAUAUCUUUUCAUCUGUGAAUUCUUUGUUGUGUCUGGCCCGGCUGCACACGACCUCUUCCAUGCUGUCAUGGGCCGUACGCUCAGCAUGACUCUGAAACACCUGGAGUCCUACCUCAUUGACUGCUAUGAUGCCAUUGCUGUUUUUCUUUGCAUCCACAUCGUCCUCCGAUUCCGAAACAUUGCAGCAAAGAGGGAUGUUCCCGCCCUAGACAGGUACUGGGAGCAGGUGCUUGCCUUGCUGUGGCCACGGUUUGAGCUGAUCCUGGAGAUGAAUGUCCAGAGUGUUCGAAGCACGGACCCUCAGCGCCUCGGGGGGCUGGAUACUCGGCCCCACUAUAUCACACGCCGAUAUGCAGAGUUCUCCUCUGCUCUUGUCAGCAUCAAUCAGACAGUUCCUAAUGAGAGGACUAUGCAGCUGCUUGGGCAGCUGCAGGUGGAAGUGGAGAAUUUUGUCCUCCGAGUGGCAGCUGAGUUCUCCUCGAGGAAGGAGCAGCUUGUGUUUCUAAUCAACAACUAUGACAUGAUGCUGGGUGUGCUGAUGGAGCGGGCUGCAGAUGACAGCAAAGAGGUUGAGAGUUUUCAGCAGCUGCUUAAUGCUCGGACACAGCUGAAGAUGCCAUCCACCUGGGGCUACAUUGGCACCUCUUUGACAAAGCCUCCUGCAAGAGACCCAGGCACAGCUUCCCCAGGCAAGGAGUUCAUUGAAGAGUUGCUGUCUCCCCCUUUCGGAGGUCUGGUGGCAUUUGUAAAGGAGGCUGAGGCUUUGAUUGAGCAUGGACAAGCUGAGAGACUCCGAGGGGAAGAAGCCCGGGUUACUCAGUUGAUCCGAGGCUUUGGUAGUUCCUGGAAAUCAUCAGUGGAGUCUCUGAGCCAGGAUGUAAUGCGGAGUUUCACCAACUUCAGAAAUGGAACCAGUAUCAUCCAGGGAGCGCUGACCCAGCUGAUCCAGCUCUAUCAUCGCUUCCACCGGGUGCUGUCUCAGCCCCAGCUCCGAGCCCUCCCUGCCCGGGCUGAGCUCAUCAACAUUCACCACCUGAUGGUGGAGCUCAAGAAGCACAAACCCAACUUCUGACGUGUGGGACCCUUGGAUCCACCCCCCUUUCCAUGGACUCUUGUACCCCAGCCCAUACUCUCCUUCACCUGGGGUUCCCCUUCCAGCUCUCCUCUCGCCUCCCAGUCCUCGAUCUGCCUCACCCGGCCUUCAUUCUCAGGAUCCUGCCUCAUCAGAAUAAGCUGGGUCCUCUUGUCUUUCUGAAUCUCCUAGUAUCUUAAGGUUUCCCAGGACCAUUUCAUCCAAACUUCCAAAAUGAUCUUUAUCAUUUUCCCAGUUUUGCCACCCUUCUCCCAGGCUCUUUUCCUGCCCCAGUAAAACUUUCAAUGCCUCAUUCUCCGGUUUACUCAACUCUUAUCACCAUGUCCUGAGGCAUGAAGCCUCAGCUCUUGGAGUUGAUAGCAAAGCGAGACUGCCUCCAAGUCACUGAUUUUUUUUUUCCACUGAAAGUGACUUGUUUUCUGUAGCUUUUUGAGCUAAGAUCUCAGCAACUUGAACACUAACCAGUUCCCCUCCUGGGUUGAGAAUUACUCCAAGGUCAGUCUGCAGAAAACAAUAAAUAUUUAAUAUGACGUAA